CGCCGCCGGGGAGGCGGGCAAAUGGCUGCCUGGGACGGCUGAGCGCCCACGGGAGCGGGGGGCGUCCUGCAGGGCCGACUCGGCGGGCUCAGUCCGAGGGCUGCCGGGGACGGGAAGCAUGGUGGCGCAUGACGAGGUCGGGGGUCUCCUGCCUAUUAAGAGGACUAUACGAGUCCUGGAUGUUAACAGUCAGUCCUUCCGGGAGCAAGAGGAGCCAAGCAAUAAAAGAGUUCGACCUCUAGCCCGGGUCACAUCCUUGGCAAAUUUAAUCUCUCCUGUAAGAAAUGGAGCCGUCAGGCGCUUUGGUCAAACAAUACAGUCAUUCACCCUUCGUGGUGACAGCAGAUCCCCAGCUUCUGCCCAGAAGUUUUCGAGCAGAUCCACAGUGCCCACGCCUGCCAAAAGGCGAAGCAGUGCUCUGUGGUCCGAGAUGUUAGACGUGGGCAUGAAGGAGUCCUUAACGACCAGAGAAAUCAAGCGUCAGGAGGCAAUAUAUGAAAUGUCCCGAGGUGAACAGGAUUUAAUUGAGGAUCUCAAGCUUGCAAGAAAGGCCUACCACGACCCCAUGUUAAAGCUGUCUAUUAUGUCUGAGGAGGAGCUCACGCAUAUAUUUGGUGAUCUGGAUGCUUACAUACCUCUGCACGAAGAUUUGUUGGCAAGAAUAGGAGAAGCAACCAAGCCUGGUGGGACAGUGGAGCACAUUGGUCACAUUCUUGUAAACUGGCUGCCGGGCCUGAACGCCUACCGAGGCUACUGCAGCAACCAGCUGGCAGCCAAAGCCCUCCUCGAUCAAAAGAAACAGGACCCUAGAGUCCAAGACUUCCUCCAGCGAUGCCUGGAGUCCCCCUUCAGCCGCAAACUAGAUCUGUGGAGCUUCCUGGAUCCUCGAAGCCGCCUCGUCAAAUACCCUUUGCUGCUGAAGGAGAUUCUUAGACACACUCCCAAAGACCACCCUGAUGAGCAGCUUCUGGAGGAGGCGAUACUGAUCAUACAGGGAGUCCUCUCUGACAUCAACUUGAAGAAGGGAGAGUCGGAGUGUCAGUAUUACGUUGACAAGCUGGAGUACCUGGACGAAAGGCAGAAGGACCCCAGGAUUGAAGCAAGCAAGGUCUUGCUUUGCCACGGGGAGCUGAAGAACAAGAACGGACACAAACUUUACAUUUUCCUGUUUCAAGACAUCUUGGUUUUGACUCGGCCUGUGACUCGCAGCGAGCGUCCCUCCUACCAGGUUUACCGGCAGCCGAUCCCGGUGGAGGAGCUGGUCCUGGAGGACCUGCCGGACGGGGACGUGAGGAUGGGAGGGUCCUUUCGAGGGGCUUUCGGCACCUCCGAUAAAGCCAAAAACAUCUUUCGCGUUCGCUUCCAAGACGCCUCUGCAGGCCAGUCCCACACUCUCCAGGCCAACGACGUGUUCCACAAGCAGCAGUGGUUCAGCUGCAUCCGCGCCGCCAUCGCCCCUUUCCGGCGGGCCGCCAGUCCCUCGGAGCUGCGGGGUGUGCCAGAGCUGCACGAGGAGUACGGGGAGAACCACCCUCCUGCUCCCGCCGGGGGCACCAGGGCCCAGAGACGGGCAUCCACGGCGGCCAGCCUGACGCAGGUCGAAGUUGACGGAGAAGCUCCCCGGGGCGGCCCCCCAGCGCCCACGGCGGAUGACGUGAAGGGCGGGAAAGCCCGUCGAGCCCAGGCCGGCUUCCGAAAAGCCAGGGACAGAGCCCAGGUUGGUGGCCAGCGGAAGGAGACUCUGGUGUAA